AUGGACUGCAACGGUUGCUACAGUUCUUUUGCAGUGUUGAAAUCAAGAAGGAGUAUUGGCGUCGCCGAUGUUGAGUUCGAUGAUCCAGCGGGCGGUAUCACCGAGUUACCUGACUCAAUAGACCUUGCACACAAACAGGAGGUCAGCUGUGUUUGGGAAGCUAAAGUCAGAGAUAAUAUGGAGUCGACGAGCCGAUCCUUUAUCUUGUCCCCCAAGGAUGAUGGCUUCUUUAUUUCCGGAAGUAGUAAGCUGCACGAAUCAACAUCAGCGGAGACAUCUGUGUCUGGGAAAAUGGCGGCAUCUCAGUCGACGAAAGACACAUCUGGAAACAAUGGAACAAGCAAGGUUUCUAGAACAGGUUCAGGGCUUGGCGCAGCCGGCAUGGCCGGGUAUGGGAGAGCAGUGGAAAUUCUAGACACACUAGGCUGCCUGAUGACAACCUUAAGCCCGGAUGGUGGUUUUAUUUCUAGGACGACCAAAGGGACUCAGAUAUCAAUUCUAGCUUUUGAGGUUGCUAACACAAUACUGAAAGGCGCAAGUGUUAUGCAAUCUCUCUCGGAAGACUCUGUCACAUACUUCAAACAGGUGGUGCUUCCUUCUGAAGGCGUGCAGAAUUUGAUUUCCAGUGACAUGGGCGAGUUGAUGCGGAUUGUAGCUAAUGACAGAAGGGAAGAGCUGAAAGUAUUUUCGCAAGAGAUUGUCAGGUUUGGCAACCGUUGUAAAAAUCCUCAAUGGCAUAAUCUGGACCGCUAUUUUGUAAAACUAGAAUCAGAAAGUGUACCCCAGAAGCAGCUGAAAGAAACAGCCACAAUGGAGAUGCAAAAGCUGAUGGCUCUUGUUCAACGUACAACUGAUUUAUAUCAUGAGUUACAUGCCUUGGAUAGAUUUGAGCAAGAUUACCGCUGUCAACUAAAGGGAAGUGGAAGUUCAAAUAAGAUUGAAAAAGGAGAUAAUAUUCAAGUUGUGAAACUCGAGUUGAAGACCCAAAGAAGUUACGUGAAGAACUUGAAGAAAAGAUCUCUGUGGUCAAAGACAUUGGAACAAGUUGUUGAGAAGCUUGUUGACAUUGUGCAGUAUUUACAUGUUGAGAUCAAUGUCUCAUAUGGAACUUAUGAUGGAGGUGAACUGAGUUCUGCUGUGAACUGUCAGAGACUAGGACCUGCUGGACUUGCAUUGCACUAUGCAAACACUAUCAUACAGAUCUAUGGCAUUGUUUCUCGGUCAGGGUAUGUACCCGCAAAUUCAAGAGAUGCCCUUUACCAAGGAUUGCCACCAAGGGUCAGGUUGGCUCUACCAAAUAAAUUAAGAACUUCCUCAAUGCCUCGGGAGGUAAUACAACUCACUAUUGAUCAGAUAAGGGUAAUGAUGGAGAGAACUCUGAAAUGGCUUGUUCCGAUGGCCAUCAAUACCACCUGUGCCCGAGGCUUCUUGCGGUUUAGUGAAUGGGCAAAAUCAGGGACCGAGCGAGUUGGAAGAGGACCUGGUCGACCGGACGUGAUCGAGACGCUCUACCACGCCGACAAGGCAAGGACAGAGGCUUACAUACUCGAGUUGGUCGUGUGGCUUCACCACCUUGUCAGCCUGAGCAACCGGACGGCAAAUGUUAAAAAAGCCCAGUCCAUGUAA